AUGGCGACUCCGCGGCUGCCUUUUCUAUACCCCAAUUUCUUCCGCGCGGUGCGUGCUUGCGAGCCGACAACUUACCGAUCGAUUCGAGCACCUCCCACGACAAAAUCCAGCCGCAAAGCGAAAUUCCACACCUCUGCUAGAAGGCACCAGGAAACAAUCCCACAGAGAUACGGACAGGCAGCCACCCAGAAUUUUCCUCCCCCUCCAAAGCCAUCGGAGCCAUUGACACCCAAAGAAGAGCAGGAACAGAAAAAGGGGACCUCGUCGUCACAAGCACAGUCUUCUCAAGACGCAGCGACGGAAGAUAAUACUGGGCAAGAUGUGCCGCAAGAGUCGAAUACUACCUCCGACUGUGUGGGAGAAACAUCGAUGAAAGACGACAAGGCCAAAUCUGAAGAGCGAGAACUAUUGGGGACAAAAGAGCUCGACAUUGUGCUAUCAGUCCCCUCUCCCUCCGAGGCCAAAGGCAAAGAUACACACAGACAUCCACAUCUCGAACCUCCGCCCUAUGAACAUCAUUUUGACACAUACUCUCUGGUGCAACAAUUGGCGGCCAAGGAUGCAUAUACCGUAGAACAAGCCACGACCCUCAUGAAAGCCAUCCGGCAAAUGCUUGCCAUGAACCUGGACGUGGCAAAAGAGGGACUCGUCUCCAAAUCCGACAUCGAGAACGAAUCGUAUCUGUUCCGCGCCGCGUGCUCUGAGCUGCGAACCACUUUGCAAACGACGCGGCAUUCAGAGACAUUAAAGCAGCGAAGCCAACGAGCCCAAUUACAGCACGAAUUUGAUAUUCUCAAUCAGAAGUUCACGCAGGAUCUCAUGACGCUGCGCGAGGAGUUAAAGGGGCUGUUCAACGAUCGUAAAUUAGGUCUGCAGGAGGAAAAACGCAAGAUUGACGGCAAAAUCUCCGAACUAAACUACGAAAUCACCGUGCUUCUGAACAGUGAAGCCAAAAGCGAAGUCGAGGGUUUACGAUGGGUAUUAACCCGUCGGGCGGCUUUUGCCAUUGGAGUGUGCGCCUUCAUGAUCAUAUCGGCCCUGAACUACUCAUCCAUCAAGAUGCGCGAAAAAGAAGAAGCAGAGAAGAAACGCAAAGCAGCCGCCAAUGCGCAGAAAGAACGUGCUGAGACACAGGUUCGUUCGCAGUCCGAGGAGCAGAAGCCGCCGCCCGUGGAUCGGGUGGAGACUCUAGGCUGA